AUGCUACGGAGCAAAGCUAGCGAAAAUCGUCUCGAGCCUUCCUGCCAAAAUGGUCAUCGUCUUUGUUUACAUUGUUUACCUCACCGCAUCGAUCAACUACUCUUUAUCUCACAGUAUGCAUCCAAAGCAGAAUUCUGGCUUGAAGAAUUCGAGAGCAACUUCCAAGGCAAACUUCUCACAACAGAUGGUCUAAACUCUGCGAUUCAUUCCCUAUUUGCAGCAAAACCCAAGUUCAUGAGUGAUAUAAGGUUCAAUCUUAAAGGAGAUAUUGAAGCUACAAAGAUGCUAUUGCGCAUUCGUUCUCUCAAACCUUCUCACGAUAAGCCUCGUGCAGAGUUUUUGAGACACGUGAUUCGAAAGAGUGGUUUCGAUGGUUUCGCAUACGACACAAGUUUUUUACUCGUCGAUCAACAACUGGCCACUGUUUCCGGGGUGGUGAUUAAUGUGAUUACCGCUGUAAUUACAAUGCUAGUCAUAUGUGUUCUGAUGGUGGAAAAGGAGAAUUGUAUUGAAUCAUUAAUGUGGGAAAUCGAAGACUUCUUGUACAGUGAAACGGAACAAACAUUGGCAAUCAUUGCUUCUUUACUCUUCAAAUACUAUUGUCAGGUACCUCGCCCAAUGUCAGCCGCAUGCAUCGCUAUUGCAAUUCUCUCCAUCAAUGUUGGUGUGGUAGGAGCAUUAUCAGCAGUUGGGACAAGACUGGACAUUAUAUCGAUGAUAACCAUCGUUAUGAGUAUAGGAUUUUCAGGUGCAUUUCCUACCCUCCGUCAAAAUUCCGUCCGAAGCUUUACCUGA